UUUCAGAGAAGAGCGCCGCCGCCAUUUUGAGUUUUUUUGCCUCAAACUGAACAUCACAAACAGAGAGGAGACGUGAACGACUCGGACCGGGACCGGGUAGAAGACAGGUCUACUGCGAAUUAGCCUUCUUUUAAUAUAGAGGGAAAACCUAUGUAACUACUUACAUAUAGAAUAUAUAAAGAUCCUGGCUCUUGUAAAAAAAGUGAAAAAAAGAUAACGCUGGGGGAUAGUCCAAAGACAUGCAAUCUGUAUGAAACAUCGCUGGUGCACCUUCAGUUUGUUUUUGAAUGGAAAGAUUUUUUUCGCUAUCUCAGAAAAAAAGAGGGACUCGAGGACAGGAGAAAGCAACUGGAAUUUUGUGGAGAUCCGUAAAUAUUGUUUGCCUUCUUGCUAACGAACUACAUCAAGUGCGCCUAUGAUUAUUGAUAUUACCUUUUUGCUUUUUUGCCCUCUUCUGGAGAAUUACAAUUUAAAAGGCGCAGUAUAUUGCAUUUCGGGUUGAGGUUUAGAUCACCGCUUGGCAGAACAUCGCUUCGGUGGGAGGUUGAGGAGUGUGAGGUUUAUUUCUCCCUGCCUCGCCUCCCCUCCUUGCCCACAUUUUCCUUGUAUAUUUUAUACUGAGCAUUGCUAUAACUGAUCUCGUUUUUGAUUUCCUCCGUUAAUAUUUCACCUGUCUCCCCCCUUUCCCCUUCGUCCUCGGCGACUUGCAAACCCUCCAAGGCGUCGAGAUUGGGCGAAUAGCGAGCAAAUACGUUCGCGUUUCUCUGCCCGCACCCCCAGCGGCCUGUCCCCCUCUACCCCCGGCGCUGACAGAAGGAAAGACCGAGGUUCUUGUUGAACAGGCCCAGCCGCCGCGGCUUGACCUGUCUCUCCAAUCUCCUCUUCCUCAUCCUCCGUGCCCUCAGACCCCUCAGCUCCAGCCCCAGUCCCGGACUCGUUCCACACCGGAUCCAAGUUCAGAAAACCCCGAGGGAAACGAAGACAGCAACCAGAGCUAUCAAGCUGCCGAUAUGAAUCACCACUCGCAACAGCAACAGAAGGCUGGAGAGCAGCAACUCAGCGAGCCCGAGGAUAUGGAGAUGGAAGCGGGUGACACAGAUGACCCUCCAAGAAUAACUCCUAAUCCAGUUAUUAAUGGGAAUGUAGCCAUGGCUGAUGAGCAUAACAACACUGAAGAAGAUAUGGAAGACGAUACAAGUUGGAGAUCAGAAGCUACGUUUCGAUUCAUAGUUGAGCGUUUCAGUAGGCUCAGUGAGUCUGUCCUAAGCCCACCAUGCUUUGUGAGGAACCUUCCUUGGAAGAUUAUGGUGAUGCCGCGCUUUUAUCCUGACAGGCCUCAUCAAAAGAGUGUUGGAUUUUUCCUUCAAUGCAAUGCGGAGUCUGAUUCAACGUCUUGGUCCUGUCAUGCCCAAGCAAUGUUGAAAAUUAUCAACUACAAAGAUGAUGAAAAGUCAUUUAGCCGGAGAAUCAGUCACCUUUUCUUUCAUAAGGAAAAUGAUUGGGGCUUUUCUAAUUUUAUGUCUUGGAGUGAUGUAACUGAUCCUGAAAAAGGAUUUAUUGAAGAUGAUAAAGUUUCAUUUGAAGUUUAUGUCCAAGCUGAUGCACCACAUGGUGUGGCAUGGGACUCUAAAAAACAUACAGGAUAUGUUGGCUUGAAAAACCAAGGAGCUACAUGUUAUAUGAACAGUUUAUUGCAGACACUUUUUUUUACAAAUCAGCUUCGACGGGCAGUGUAUAUGAUGCCAACAGAAGGAGAUGAUUCGUCCAAAAGUGUACCUUUAGCAUUACAAAGGGUAUUUUAUGAACUUCAACACAGCGACAAACCAGUAGGAACAAAAAAAUUAACAAAAUCAUUUGGGUGGGAAACAUUGGAUAGUUUCAUGCAGCAUGAUGUGCAAGAACUCUGCAGAGUGCUGCUUGAUAAUGUUGAGAAUAAGAUGAAAGGCACUUGUGUUGAAGGCACAAUACCAAAACUGUUCAGAGGAAAAAUGGUGUCAUAUAUCCAGUGUAAGCAUGUAGACUACCGGUCUGAAAGGAUAGAAGAUUACUACGAUAUUCAACUUAGCAUUAAAGGGAAGAAAAACAUAUUUGAGUCUUUCAAAGAUUAUGUGGCAGUGGAACAGUUGGAUGGGGAUAAUAAAUAUGAUGCUGGAGAGCAUGGUUUACAGGAAGCUGAAAAGGGGGUGAAGUUCUUGACAUUUCCUCCAGUGCUGCACCUGCAACUUAUGAGAUUUAUGUAUGAUCCCCAGACUGAUCAAAACAUUAAGAUAAAUGACAGGUUUGAAUUUCCUGAACAGUUACCAUUAGAUGAAUUUUUGCAGAAGCCAGAUACCAAGGAUCCUGCUAAUUACAUCCUUCAUGCAGUUUUAGUUCACAGUGGGGAUAACCAUGGAGGCCAUUAUGUUGUUUACCUGAAUCCGAAAGGGGAUGGCAAAUGGUGCAAAUUUGAUGAUGAUGUGGUAUCUAGGUGUACUAAAGAAGAAGCCAUUGAACACAACUACGGUGGCCAUGAUGAUGAUUUAUCUGUGCGUCACUGUACAAAUGCUUACAUGUUGGUGUAUAUAAGAGAAUCCAAACUCAGUGAAGUUUUACAGCCAGUCACAGAUCAUGACAUUCCACAGCAACUUGUGGAGAGACUUCAAGAAGAAAAAAGGGUAGAAGCUCAGAAACGUAAAGAACGACAAGAAGCUCAUUUGUACAUGCAAGUACAGAUCGUAACAGAAGACCAAUUUUGUGGUCAUCAAGGCAAUGACAUGUAUGAUGAAGAGAAAGUGAAAUAUACAGUGUUUAAAGUUUUAAAGAAUUCAACACUUGCAGAAUUUGUACAGAAUCUCUCUCAAACAAUGGGUUUCCCUCAAGACCAGAUUCGAUUAUGGCCAAUGCAGGCAAGAAGUAAUGGAACUAAGAGACCAGCAAUGUUAGAUUAUGAAGCAGAUUGCAAUAAGACUAUGAUUGAAUUAAGUGAUAAUGAAAAUCCAUGGACAAUUUUUCUAGAAACUGUAGAUCCAGAGAUGGCUGCUAGUGGAGCAACGUUACAGAAGUUUGACAAAGACCAUGAUGUGAUGUUGUUUUUAAAGAUGUAUGAUCCAAAAAGUAGAAGUUUAAAUUAUUGUGGACAUAUCUACACACCUAUAUCCUGUAAAAUAAGGGAAUUGUUGCCAGUUAUGUGUGAGAGAGCAGGAUUUCCACAAGGAACUAGCCUUAUCCUCUAUGAGGAAGUAAAACCGAAUUUAACAGAGAGAAUUCAGGAUUAUGAUGUGUCUCUCGAUAAAGCUCUAGAUGAGCUAAUGGAUGGUGAUAUCAUAGUAUUUCAGAAAGAUGAUCCAGAAAAUGAUUCUAGUGAAUUACCAACUGCCAAGGAUUACUUUAGAGAUUUGUACCAUCGUGUGGAUGUGACAUUUUGUGACAAAACAAUUCCAAAUGACCCAGGAUUUGUGGUGACUCUUUCCAAUAGAAUGAACUAUUUCCAGGUUGCAAAGACAGUUGCACAGAGAUUAAAUACUGAUCCUAUGUUACUUCAGUUUUUUAAAUCCCAAGGUUACAGAGACGGCCCAGGGAAUCCUCUUAGACAUAAUUAUGAAGGAACUCUAAGAGAUCUUUUGCAGUUCUUCAAACCCAGACAACCAAAGAAACUUUAUUAUCAGCAGCUGAAAAUGAAGAUAACAGAUUUUGAGAAUAGGAGGAGUUUCAAAUCCAUAUGGUUGAACAGUCAGUUUAGAGAAGAGGAAAUAACACUAUAUCCAGACAAGCAUGGUUGUGUGAGGGACUUGCUAGAAGAAUGUAAAAAAGCAGUAGAACUUUCUGAGAAAGGAUCUGAGAAAUUAAGGCUACUAGAAAUAGUUAGCUACAAGAUAAUUGGUGUCCAUAAUGAAGAUGAAUUACUAGAAUGUUUAUCUCCUGCAGCAAGCCGUACUUUCAGAAUAGAGGAGAUUCCUUUGGACCAGGUAAAUCUUGAAAAGGAAAGUGAAAUGCUGAUUUCAGUGGCACAUUUCCACAAAGAAGUCUUUGGAACAUUUGGAAUCCCAUUUUUGCUAAAAAUUCGCCAGGGAGAACCAUUUAGGGAGGUUAUGAAAAGAAUUCAGUCCAUGCUUGAUAUACAAGAAAAGGAGUUUGAAAAGUUCAAGUUUGCAAUUGUCAUGAUGGGUCGACAUCAGUACAUCAAUGAAGAUGAAUAUGAAGUAAAUUUGAAAGACUUUGAACCUCAGCCAGGAAAUAUGUCGCAUCCAAGGCCUUGGUUAGGGCUUGAUCAUUUCAAUAAAGCUCCAAAGAGAAGCCGCUAUACGUACUUGGAGAAAGCAAUCAAGAUUCAUAACUGACAUCCUCAGUUUAAGAGACAAUAAUAAAGACUUAACCAAAACCCCAAAUGUGCACCACUUUUAACAGCAAAUUCUGGGUACACAUACACCACAUAUGAGGUCUUCAGCAAGAGGAUUUGCUGCUGAUGCUACUUUUAUUUUGUUGAGGCUGUUCAGUUUGGCUUCUCUGUAUCUCUUUACUAUCUCCCUGUAUCAAAGGAUAACACUGGUUUUAUCACUGAAGACAGCAUUGACAAAUAAAGGGUGGUGCCCAUCCCCCGUUUUAAACCGAUAUCUCAAAAUGUUAGCUGAACUGAACAGAAGAAGCAGAAAGAAGAUCUGCCAAGGGUUUAACAGCAAUUAGAAAACCAUAGCAAGUGGCAUAAGAUUGCUAGUUGCCUAUUGUUGUGUUCCAAAAUACCAUGUAUUGGUCCUUUAGUGCAACUAGUAGAUCCAUGUUUACAGAAACAUUUUCUCACUUAGUUUGGUUGGAGGAGCUAGGAUUUUUUUUCCUGCUGUUCUUAGAGAAAUAAAACAUCAGUGAAAGCAACUGUACUGCACAUCAGCACUUAACAUUGGUUGUUACAUUUACAUUUGCAGUAAAUGUAAUCUUUUUUUGGUUUUAGUUUUUUUUCCUCUUUUUCUUUGUCUGUUUAUUGAAAUCUUCUGUCACUUUGCUGUGGGUUUCUGUCAUCAGUCAGGUCUGAUAGUUUCAGUUUUAAAAUGGUGAGGUUUUAAUGUGCUGCACAAUGGCGCACACGUGAAUUUUUUGCAAAGGUUUCACUGGUUAAGGAUGCAGAGACAAAAGAGAUGAUCAGUAACUGAAAUUCAGCCUUUUUAGCACAGAAGGCAUGCUCACUUGCAUUUAGUAAGCUGUUGACUUUGUAAAGAAAAUUCAAAUUGUAUAUUUAAAGAAUGAACGUGUACAAUUUAACACUCAGAUAAUUUUGUUGGGUGUGUCUGCAGAUCAGAUCACAGAUGUUGAUAUUCCUUGUGUGUAGUUUUAUUUCAGUCCCAGACUGUUUCCAUUUUAUUUUAUUACCUUUUUCCUUUUUUGUUUUUGCUUAUUGCAACAGCGUGUCUAGUUUGAGUGCAGUACAACAAAAAUUAGGAAUUGCAGAUCACAUCUUUUAUUUUAAUUUCUCCUCCAGUCUUUUUUAAUUUCUUCCUGUAGCAGCAGUGUACGACAACUACUCCUGUAUAUUGCCUUUUUGCUGGAAAUGUUGUAUGUUGAAUAAAAUUUUCUAUUAAA